GUAAAGUGUUUAUUUUUUUUUCGUUUACGUAUUUUCAAUGAAAAACAUCAAUAAAACACAAAUUUCAAAUUAUGGCUGUUAACAAUAUUAAUCUAAAUAUAUGUGAUAUUUUAGAUAUUAGGGAAAAUGGCUUUCAAAAAUGUUUAAUACCAAAUGAAUAUUUUGAUGGUUAUGUACAAGUUGGUACUCUAGCAAAAUGUGAAACUGACAAAGGAGAAAUAUUUUUCUGUUAUUUAUUUUCACUUAAGAAUAAUUUUUCUGCUCAACAUUGUUUCCUAGAUGACUCCGUGCAAAUUGGAUCAAAAUUUCGUAAAAGAACCGGUGGAAAACUAUUAAAAAUUGUGGCAUGUAAGGAAGAAAUUAUGCAGCAUAAAAUCUUGAAUGUGGAAAUUGAAAUUAAUAAACAUUUCUUCGAAAUUUCUCUUAGUGCGAAUGAUCUUAAAGAUAUUAUAAAAGUAUGGCUCCAGAAAUUUACUUUGUAUGGAGAUUGCACUGUUAACGGUGAUGAGUUUUUAAAGUCUUUAGGAAUCGAAAAUAUCUUGGUAUUUUCCUUAUCAAAUGUACCUUAUCAAGUCAAUAUGCAAACUGACAUUAUUGUAAAAAAUGUUUUUUACAAUGAAUUCAAAUUAAAAAAAUCGGUUUUAAAAGGAUUAGAUUACGUUUCAGCUGAAUUAAAUAAUCUUAUGAAUAGUUUCAAUAUGCAAAAGAAAGUUAAUUGGAAACGAAAGCCUUCUUUAAACGCUUUAAUAAUUGGUUCAUCUGGAUGCGGCAAAACUUCGGUGUGCCAAAAUUGGUUCUUAGAAAAUGAAUGUAAUGUUUUCAAUAUUCGACCCUCAGAAAUUAUGCGCCAAUAUCCUGGAGAAACUGAAGAAAUUUUAAGAAAGAUUUAUAGUAAUGCUAAAAUUUUUGUAAAAUCUUUUACCACACGUUCUCCGACAGUUAUAUUCAUAGAGGAUAUUGAUUUGUUAUGUCCGUCAGUCUUUGAGCUUGAUUCAUACAAUAUAGUUAGAAUUUCGUCUCAAGUAUAUUCUAUUUUAGACGAUUUAUUUGUUAAUCAAAUAAAUAUUAUGUUGAUCGCUACAACAUCUCAAAUUGACAGAGUAAAUAUGCAAUUAAGAAGACCAGAGCGCUUCGAAAAAGAAAUUCAAAUUCAUAUACCUACCGCCAAAGAUCGAGAAGAUAUAUUAAAACAAAUUUUAUCAACGACCUCAUUACGAAGCGAAAUUUCAGAAGAAUUAAUAUUAAAUGUAGUUGAAAAAACACCGGGUUUCGUUGGUUCAGAUUUAAAUCUUCUAAUACAAAAAGUUUGUCAAAAUAUUUUUUUAAUGAAGAAAACUUCAAAAAUCAAUCAACAAGAACUUAGUGUUAUAUUUCAAAAUGUUUUACGAACUUCAACUGCAGCAUCAAUACAGAGUACUGAUAUAAAAAUAUACAAAUGCGAAGAAACAUUUGAAAAUAUUGGUGGCGGUAAUGAUUUAAAAAAUUCUUUAAAAGUUUCUAUACUGACUCCUCUAAAAAAGCCAGAAAUCUUUAAAAAAUUUGGAUUAAAAAUGUCAAAAGGAAUUCUUCUUUAUGGUCCACCAGGAUGUGCAAAAACCACUGUUGCAAAAUGUUUAGCUAAUGAAGCCAAUAUGACAUUUAUACCUAUAUCUGGUGCUGAAGUCUAUUCGCCUUAUGUUGGAAAGGCAGAAAAAUAUAUAUCAAAGAUAUUUGAUACGGCUAGAAGAAAUUCUCCAUGCUUGAUAUUUUUCGAUGAAUUAGAGACAUUAGUUGGAAAACGUACCUCUUCAUCGAAAAGUGAUGUGCAAACGCGCAUAUUAUCAACACUUCUACAAGAGAUGGAUGGAAUUGGACUGAAAAUUGACGAGGGAAUUAAAAUAGAUAAAAAUGAAAAUUAUAUAUUAGUAGUUGGGGCUACAAAUAGACCUGAUAUGAUUGAUGAUGCUUUACUUCGACCGGGACGUUUUGAUAAAUUAAUUCAUGUCCCAGCGCCAAAUACAGAAUCUAGAUUGGAGAUUUUAAAAUUGCUUGAGAAAAAAAUGCCAUUUGAAAGAAAUAUAAAUUUAAUAAAAUUAGCUGAAAAAACUGAAUAUUUUUCCGGCGCUGAUUUGUGUAACUUAUGUAAUGAAGCUGCAUUAUAUGCAUUCACAAAUAAUAAUGAUGUAGAUGUUAUAAGUGAAAAUGAUUUUGAUAUUGUCUUAAAAGAUCUUAAACCUUCGUUAUCAAAGAAACAAAUCGAUUGGUAUUUUAAUUUUGAAAAUAAAUUUAUUUAUUAAUUUAAAAAGAGAUUUUUUACUUUACUCAAUUAAAACUAUGAAUGUAAAUAUGAAAGUGCUAAUUUUGUAAUGGUCCGGGACAAAAAUUUCUAAAAGUUAAAUAACUAGGACUAAGAUAACUUUUUGUCUCCGGUUUAAUACAUAUUACCUAUUAAAAUAUACAUUUGUUUUUGCAAUUUUAACAAUAGUAAUAACUUAUUUUCAGGAAAACUCAAAUGUUUAGAAUAGACCUGAAGUUAUAGUGUUUAAAGCUAUAGUGUUUUCAACUCAAUUUUGAAAAACUUAUGAGAUACUUGAGAGUUUUAAAACUUUUUUAACGGAAAUUUGUUAUCUCAAAAAAAAAUUCAAUGUUCUUUUUUUGAUUAUUUUUCAGUUUUUAUAUUAUGAUAAGCAUGGGUAGCGGUCAGUAUAUCGAAAGACGAAAUUAAAAUAUAUAAUAAUAUAGUUUAACAAGAAAAUAUUUAAAUUUUAAAAUGAGUGAAUAAUAAUGGUCUUAUAGGGCCAUUAUUAUUCACCUAUCAUCGUUACUGUUGUCAGGCAUAUUGUAGUAAUUAAAAAACUAAUUUUAAAAAAUAAUUGCCAUUGUGCAUUGGAAUUUUAUAUGGAAAAAAUUUUGGUACAUCAUUAACAAAAAACAAAUGAAUAAUAUAGUUUUCCUUUUCAGUAAUAAUUUUUUUUAUUAUAGUGAUAGU